UAAAAUUUUUUUCUUCUAAAUCUCUUAUUAUGAAACUGGUUAUAAAAUCUUUAAUAUUGUUAUUCUUUACUCUUCUUUCCAAGGAACUCUAUAAGAAAGCUCAUCAACUUGGACUGAAAAGAGAUUGGGAAGAAGAUGAUGAAAUUCGGACGACAGUUCUUUCGCUAAUGGCCUUACCGUUGCUGCCGAGAGAACGAAUUAGAAUUGCGUUAAAUCACAUUCGAAUUAACGUUAACACCGAAAAUGAAGGUGUUAAUAAUUUUAUAGACUACGUUUCGACCACGUGGUUGCAAGGCGUACAACCGCAUCGUUUAUCAGUAAAUCGUCAAUUUCGUCGCAUCAUCAACGUCUUCCAGCCAUAUAGAAACUGUAUAGCAUCAAGAAUUGGUAGCUUUGUAGAAAUUUGGAGUUUCACAAGAAAGUGAUUUUACUGCAGAGUCGACUCUUUCUGGACAAGGAAAAAAUAACCGGCAGAAGGCAUUAUGGAAUACAAUGUUCGAAAGUGGAAAAUCGAGGUCUAGAAUCUAGAAUGAACAACGCAUGAAACAAUUUAGAGUCAAGAAGAUUGUCCAUGGCAGAAUUUAUAGUCAACGCAAAAUAUAUUGUCGUAGAACCUAAUCUCGACUUCUUGGGAGUCAACAUUCAAAAUGAUGGCCUAAUU